UCAGGAGGGUUCAUAGGCGAAGCGUCAGGAGUGUUCUCAGGCGAAGCAUCAGGCGAAUUCUCAGGAGAAACAUCAGGCGAAUUCUUAGGAGAAGUUGUAGGCGAAUUCAGUGGCGAAGCCUCAGGCGAAUACACAGGAGAAGCAUCAGGAGAAUUCUCAGGCGAAUUUUCGGGAGAAUUCUCCGGUGAAGCAUCUGGCGAGUUUAUAGGCGAAUUUUCUGGUGAAGCAUCAGGCGAAUUUUCUGGAGAGUUCUCUGGUGAAGCAUCAGGCGAAUAUUCGGGAGAAUUUUCCACUGACGCUUCAGGCGAAUCCUCUAGCGAAACUCCCACGGAGCCCACCCCAGUUCAAGAAACCUCGUCGUCCGUGCCUGUUGAAAUACCAACUGACCGAUGUUCAUCUGAAAUGGUUGCCUGUGUUGCUGGAGCCCCACAACAGAUGCUUUGUCCUGCAAAUCUAAUCUUCGACGAGCGUAAGCAGAUCUGCGAAUAUCCUGAAAAUGUUCCUUGCUAUACAGGGAAGAAAGAAGAGACAGAAAAUUGCGUAAACGACGAAACAAUUGCUCGUGGACCAUGUGAGAACACGUACACGAAAUGUGUGAAGGGACAUCCUUACACUCUUGCCUGUCUUUACGGCCAUGUUUACUCUGCAAAGGAUAAAGCUUGCAAGGAAAUUCGUCAAGUGUCCGGGUGCUACUGA